AGAGAUGAACCAUAAAAUACUACCUAGGCAGGACAACACUAUACAGUCAUUUACUGACUCACCUGUUAACUUGCCUCUUACAGUGCUUCUGAAUUUUACUUUUGUGGAUAUCCAUAGACAUGUGUUGGAAGGAGUAACUUUGUGCUUUGUUAGGAGUUUAUGGCUUCAAAUUUGAAGGUUUUUUGGGAUCCUUGUCAUUGUUCGGAUCGCUUCAGAGGUUCAUCAUUAGUUAUUGCGCAGCAUUUGAGGACACCUGAGGAACAAAUGUUAUCCUUUGCUUUAAAGCGUGCAAAGUAUCUCCAAUGGGUUUCUGUCCCAGUGGUCUGGCUGCACUGUUGCUGACAUUGGCGUAUUCGACUACUGGAAUAAUCAAUUGAAUCUGAUGUGGCUGUUGGACAUCUGCUUGCAUAUUGACUUAUCGGGAACACAGAAAGCCAUCUCAAACCUUUUUUUGUGUGUGUGUGUGUGUGUGUGUCCUGUUUGGAGCAGAGUAUUGCUAUGUUUUUCUCCUGGAUUCUCUAACAGAACUCUAGGGUAGUACAUUAGUAUAUGUGACAUUUUGCAUUCACGUUCACCUCCACCCUAAAGUUUAACCUCACGACACAUAUCCCUUAGGCUAAGGAGGGCCUUUCAGUGCCUUAAGUUGACCUGGUACCCCAUGUCGUCUGACUCUGGCCAUCUCACCGGGGCCCAGAGAGCUGUGUGCAGGCUGGUCCACCGGGGCCCCAGACCGCGGGCCCUGCUGAGGUCCAUAAGGCUGGAGCUGGGGGUGUAUGUGGAGAAGACCUGCACUAAACAGAAACACAGGAUGGAGGCUUCGUGUCUGGAGUUGGCGCUGGAGGGAGAGAGGCUGUGUAAGGCGGGGGACUUUAAAGGCGGGACAGCGUUUUUCGAGGCGUCUGUGCAGGUGGGAACAGAAGACCUGAAGACCCUCAGUGCCAUCUACAGCCAGCUGGGCAAUGCCUACUUCUACCUGAAGGAAUACGGCAAGGCCCUGGAGUACCAUAGACACGACCUCACUCUGGCCAGGACAAUAGGGGACAGGAUAGGGGAAGGGAAAGCCAGCGGUAACCUUGGAAACACGCUGAAGGUUUUGGGCCGCUUCGACGAGGCAGCAGUGUGCUGUCAGAGACACCUGGACAUCUCUCAAGAGCAAGGGGACAAGGUGGGAGAGGCCAGGGCUCUGUAUAAUAUAGGGAACGUGUUUCAUGCCAAGGGAAAGCAGCAGUUAUGGGGCUGUACCCAGGACCCUGGGGACCUCCCACCAGACGUCAGAGAUACACUGCAAAGGGCUACUGGCUUCUACGAGUUGAACCUGUGUCUGGUCAAAGAGCUGGGGGACAGAGCCGCUCAGGGGAGAGCCUUCGGUAACCUAGGCAACACCCACUACUUGUUGGGAAAUUUUGUGGAGGCCAUCAAAUUCCACAGACAGAGACUUUCCAUUGCCAAGGAGUUCGGUGACAAAGCAGCAGAACGUAGAGCCUAUAGUAACCUUGGCAAUGCUCUGAUUUUCCUGGGCCAGUUCAACACUGCCACGGAGUACUACAGGAAAACUCUGCAGUUGUCUCGUCAGUUAAAGGACCAGGUGAUGGAGGCCCAGGCGUGUUACAGCCUGGGGAACACCUACACUUUGCUGCAGCAGUACGAGAGAGCCAUAGACUACCAUCUCAAACACCUCCUCAUAGCCCAGGAGCUCACUGACAGGGUUGGAGAGGGCCGUGCCUGCUGGAGUCUGGGAAAUGCCUAUGUGUCUUUAGGGAAUCAUCGCCAGGCCCUGCACUAUGCCCGCAAACACCUGGAUAUCUCCAGAGAGAUUGGGGACAGGAAUGGCGAGUUGACUGCCAGGAUGAAUGUGGAGCAGCUGAUGGAGGCUCUGGGGGUCAACGAGAGUGACCUUUCACCCUGCGGGUCAGAGUUUGAGGUGCAAGGAGCCAGACCCAAAAUUACCAAGAGAAACAGUAUGGACAGUGUCGAACUGUGGAAGUACUCGUCAGAUAAGAAUGGAGACAGCCAGGAAUUGGACAGUAUAUCUCGGAGAUCCAAGAGUCAGCAGUCUCAGCCAAGUAGAGGGAAGGGCUACCCCGACAGCCAGUCCUCAGAUGAGAGGCAGUGGUUUGACUCCCCUGUGGAUGCCAAUGAAAUCACAGUCCAAGUCCCGCCUCCGAAGCUAAGUCGUGACCCCUCUGAUGAGGACUGCUUCUUCGACCUCCUCAGCAAGUUUCAGAGCAGCCGCAUGGACGACCAGCGCUGCCACCUUGACGACCCGAAUGUAGAGAAUGGAGAAAACGGCGAGAAUGGAGGGGCUGUCUCUCUUAAUGAAAUGCUAGAUCCAGCGCUCAUCACCUCGCCCCAGACAGAGGAGCUGUUUGACCUGAUCGUCAGCUCCCAGAGCCGUCGCCUGGAUGACCAGCGGGUCAGCGUCAGCAACCUGCCCGGCCUCAGGAUCACCAAUAACAACCUGGGCCACCUGUGUGUUGACACAGACCCCCAGGAGCCCAGCGAUGACUUCUUCAACAUGCUUAUCAAGUGCCAAUCCUCCAGGAUUGAUGACCAGCGGUGCUCCCCACCAGAAGGGGGCCCCCGGGCUCCCACGGUGCCUGACGAGGACUUCUUCAGUCUGAUCCAGAGAGCACAGGCCAAGCGCAUGGACGAGCAGCGGGUCCACCUCCCCUCAGAAGAACAGGACGGGCCCGACUCCGACCCAUCCGGGGACUCCAGCUAGGGGCCCAAGCAAUCAGCCCUGGGGGCAGGGUUUGAGACUGCGACCAUUUGACUUGGCAAUGCAAAACCAAUUUUUAAUUGGUCGCUAGAGUGUCAGUGAAAAUGUUUUGCUUGUCAUCUUAGUUUUUGGUUCACAAUUUGUUUUUUUUCUAUUAUCAAGAUUUAUUCUAAUAGCAGUGGGCAGCAACAAUGGGUAUGCAAAUAAUGGGUAUGCGAUGUGCAAUUCGGUCAUCAUCCACUGUUUGAAUGAACGUGUCUAAAGGUUUUCCUAAAACACCUUUCCAAUUAAAUGUUGACUGGAAAGUAGGACUAUCUGACAGAAUGUGGGGCGGCAGGUAGCCUAGUGAUUAGAGCGUUGGACUAGUAACCGAAAGGUUGCAAGAUCAAAUCCCCAAGCUGACAAGGUAAAAAUCUGGUGUUCUGCCCCUGAACAAGGCAGUUAACCCACUGUUCCGAGGCCAUCAUUGAAAAUAAGAAUUUGUUAUUAACUGACUUGCCUAGUAAUUUUUUUUUAAAUGAUAUAAUGAUUUGUAUCAAUCGCAGAGAAUUUUUCUGCUAAAUCUGUCAGUGUAGCCCACACUGCACAUUGCACAGUACAAGAACACUGCUAGGCAAUUGAAUUAAAUGCAACUUAAUUCUCUAAUUAUACUUUUUUUUAUUGUUCCCAGACCUUAAAUGUGGUCUCCUGACGUGGUUUAAGCAUUGUUGUGGACUUAAAACAUCCAAGUUGUUGUAGUUAUCCUAUUAAAAACAGUGUGAUUUUGACAGUGAGAACCUGGAAAAAACAAGGAAAACUAUUAAAUUAAACCGGGAAAAAUGAAUUUACCAAAACUGAUUUUAUAGGGCUCUACACCUGUAGACUGACUGUUCAAAAUCACUAACACUAACCAGGUUUCCUUCCAACCUUUUUAUGUGAGUAAAGUACAUGUCGGAUGAGACAUUUCAUGACAGGCCAGAUGUAAACAGCUAAUAUAUCGGUAGCCUUUCCAAAUAUUGACAAAACACAACAAGGUGUGAUCUUUUUGGGUCUGUAAAAUAAUGUGAGAAAUGGCGAUGGAGACGCCUUUAUGCACAAAUAUUGAUCAUCAUAUCAAAGUAAACUUGGAGUCACGUGGUGAUAUGUUGUGUGUUCCUCCCACUGCGACUUGGGAAACCAUGCAGUUUAUUAGGCUACAGAUGAAAUAGCUUAUAGGCUGGUGAAAAUGCACAGUAAUGAGCUUGAUGCUCCUAUACAAGACAUAUCGAGGGUGUUAUUCUGGUGACAUGAUGCUUGGCUGCCAUUUGACUAAUAAUCUACCAUUUGUCUAUAAUAAUCUCAUCAUGUAGGCUAUACCCGCACUGUUUCUGCAAGCUGUUGGCUAGAGGGCACGAGCCAAGACCAGAGUGGGCACAUUCGCUAUAUAACUCAAAACAAAAUGUCACAGAACCAUCAAUAGACUUGAAGAUGUGAUGGAAACCCAUUUUUUUAAUUUGGUAACCUCAAAAAUAAUGUGUAUGGGCCGCACACAGCCUUUUAUCCACAUCAAGUCAAUUUGAUGGAAACUCAUCUCUGGUGGGAAAAGUUUUGAGUAUUCGCAUGAAAAUCUGUCGCUAAUUGGAUGGAAACCUAGUUAUUAACACAAUGUUUGAGAUGUUGCAAAGGUUUUAUUUUCCCCUCCAAACAAUCAAUGUUAAUAUAAUGUUGUCAAGUUAAAAUUGAAUUAUUUCUGUAUGGAGGGUAGGACAUUAUAAGCUACUUGCUCAGCGUGCAUCAUCCGCUUUACCAGGACAGUAUUCUUUUCAUUGGAGCCAGUAGCUCCCAGUUGGCACUGGCCCGGUGUGUCACUGGCAAAUUUACCUGAAUGUCAAGCCCUGCCUAAGGCAUGCUAAUUUACCAGAUGGCUUUUCAUUACUUGCCUGGUUCUGUAUGGAAUGCAGCUACAUUAUAAGUCACCGGUGAGGUCAUUAUCAUGGGGUGUGACCAAAUCAUGUACUGGUGCCAUCAACUGGUCUGCAACCCUGCCUGGGCCACCACUCGAGGAGAUCCUUGAAGGGAUAGGUGUGCAAUAGGUGGCACCCUUUCAGCUGUUGUGAAUCUGUUUAGAUUUGAAAGGUGUACAAAUCCAAAUUCUAGGAGAAAUCUAUGUGAAUGAAGUGUUUCGCUAGGGUUUGAGACGCCAACAAGAUAUUUACUGUACCCCAUCUACUGCCUUAAAUCCGUUUUUUUUUUUCAAACUCCGAUUGUAUUACUAAGUAUCAGGGGUCUGAUUUCAAAGCGUAUAAUGGAGAAGUGUUUGGUUUGAAGGAUGACGAUGAUUGCUGCUGGUAUUUUUGGUGACAAACAGUAUUAGCUAUAGUUUUCAGUGUCAAAAUUGCAUUCGGUGUUAGACAACAGCUCAAGAGACUACAGGAAUAAUUAUAAAACAGCACGGUUAGUCAAGGUCUAGUCAUUAUAGAGUGCAUGUCUUCUGGAGUACAAACAGGUUUAAAACAAAAAAUUAUACAUUUCUCAAAAUAAAUGUUAUGUUUAAUAGUAUACAAAAUGUCAAGAAUAUAUUGUUUUAGAGAGUUGAAUCAAGCUCAAAUCAAAGUGCAUCUCUUCAGUUAGGCCAUGGAAGUGCCAAUAGUGCAGUAUAUAGGCAGUAUACUGAUUGCAAUCAACAAAUGUCUAAUGGUAACCCCCACAAUGCCAUCAACUUGAUCAACCUAUCUCUGACCAAUGACCUUAGAGCUGACAGUCCAAUGGAUCGGGGACUUUUUUUUAGGACGGCACAGGAGUAGAUGUAUAGCCUAUGCAUACACAAUCCUGUGUUGCAGGGAUCUCCUUCUACAUUGCCACAGCUGUUAGUCUUCAGUUUUCAAUUGUCUAGGAGGGGUUAGUUUUAUAUUCUGCUUGUAUACUGUCCCUUUGUGGUGAAGCAUGUGUACUACAGCUGUCCUGUGUGUCCUAUUGGAAAUGAGACUUUUGUCAUUCCUGAGGUUGAGGAUGUAAUCAUGUGAGCAAGUAUAAUGCUUUUAAGCACUUUUUAUUAUUUCAGUGACAAGCUAUACAUAACUGUACAGUAUAUACUUUGCAUAUUUUUUGCAGAUCAUUUUGUAAAGGAUAGAGUAUAUUUGCAAAAAAUGUUAGUGCCUUUUAUAUUUCUGUUCUCUUGUGGUUAUCAGAAUGAUCCUGUAGAGUUAUCCUGUAGCAGACCCAGUGGACCAGAGACAGGUGUAUACUGAAGAAAUGAAACAAAAACAGCUUGUAGUAAGAUCUAAACAUACAGUAACGUGUUGCCUAACUCAUUUUUGUUGCUCUUCCUCUUUGGGACUCCAUUUGUAAAUGUUAGUUUUACAGUGUAGCUCUACUUUGUACCUCAAGAGUCAUGACCCUAUCCCAGAGUGGGCCAUAAACCUAACUCGGGAUGGGUCGUGAUCUAUAUGAUUCAUCUCGAUCUCUGUAAUAAGAGGCUGACAAGGUCCCCACUGUUUUCCAAACAGAGCUAAUUCCCUCUAUUUUUCCAUAACUUAUAAGGGUAAACUUGGUCCAGAUCUAUCCGGUACGCUUCUAUUUGUCACUACCAUAUGUACAUAUAUUUUUUUGUAUUUAUGUUCCAUUUGAGGACAUAAAGAUGUCCCAUCUGCUUUUAAUAAAAUAUUGAUUCCAAUGUUU